CGAGACCGCGACCGGCCCAGCUCGCCAAUUGGUGUGGCAGCACGGGUGAUAAGAUUGUCCACGGUCUGGCUGGCUUCUACGAGUGUGUCUGGUCUGGCUCCCCUCAAUCCUCUUCUGUCUGAGUCUUGCAUUCUGUCAACUUCCAAAUCCUGCAACUCCAAAGUCCAUCGUUGGCAAGACCAUGCAGUCGGGACAUACAUGACAUAUCUGUGCAUAUAUCUACACUAUAAUUAGUGGAGCCACAAUCAUCCAUUCCCAUUCCCCAGGCUUGGCAGAAGCAAUGCCGCGACUAGCUUGGGCGAUCGCCUUGCUUGGCGCAGCGACAACAGCCUUGGCAAAGACUGUCACCUACAACUUCAAUGUGUCGUGGGUCACUGCGAAUCCCGAUGGGCUCUUCGAGAGAAAGGUGGUGGGCAUCAACGGCCAGUGGCCGCUACCCGUCAUUGAGGUCGACAAGGGAGAUCGGCUCGUGGUGAACAUGUACAACGGCCUCGGCGACAAGGACGCCUCGAUCCACUUCCACGGCAUGUUCCAGAACGGGACUAACGAGAUGGACGGCGCCAACAUGGUCACCCAGUGCCCGAUUCCUCCCGGCUCGAGCUUCACCUACGACUUCACCGUCAACCAGAACGGCACCUACUGGUACCACUGCCACACGGACUACUGCUAUCCCGACGGCUACCGGCAGGCCCUGAUCGUCCACGACAGCCACGCGCCGUUUGAGUUCGACGACGAGUUCACCAUUACCCUCUCCGACUGGUACCACGACAUGCUCGAAGACCUGUCGCACGGGUUUAUGUCGGUCUACAACCCCACCGGCGCCGAGCCCAUCCCGGACUCGUUCCUCUUCAACGACACCCUAAACACCAAAAUCCCCGUGCAGCCCAACUCGACCUACCUGCUGCGCUUGAUCAACCACGGCGCCUUUGUCGCCCAGUAUUUCUACAUCGAGGGCCACACCUUCGAGAUUGUCGAAGUCGACGGCGUAUACACGGAGCCGGCUGAGGCUGAGAUCCUCUACAUCGCGAUUGCCCAGCGCUACUCGGUGCUCCUGAAAACAAAGAACACGACCGACGCCAACUUUGCCAUCGUCACCGUUGCCGACACGCAACUCCUCGACACCAUCACGCCAAACCUGCAGCUUAAUAACACCAACUGGCUCGAAUAUGACAGCCAUGCCGACUACCCGCAGGCGUCGAUCAACGUCUCGCAGGCCUCAGACCUAAACCCGUUCGACGACAUCACCCUCGUUCCGUACGACCGCAUGCCUCUCCUCCCCGAGCCGGACUACCGAAUCAACGUGACGGUAUACAUGAACAACCUGAUCACGGGCUACAACUACGCCUUCCUCAACGACAUCACCUACACGCCCCCCAAAGUCCCCUCGGUGUACACCGCCCUAUCCUCGGGCAACCUGUCCGCCAACCCCGCCAUCUAUGGCGAGUACACGCAGCCCAUGGUCCUACGUCACAACGACGUGGUCGAGGUGAUUCUCAACAACGGCGACAGUGGCUCGCACCCGUUCCACCUUCACGGCCACAACUUCCAGCUCAUCACCCGCGCUCCGCCCUACGGCCCCCACUUCUACGAUUACCUGAACGGCGACCCCGUGGGGUACGACCCGAAUAACCACACGGCAUUCCCAGCGAUCCCUGGGUACUACGUGAUCCGCUUCGUGGCCGACAACCCGGGCGUGUGGCUGUUCCACUGCCACAUCGACUGGCACAUGUCGUCGGGGCUGGCCAUGAUAAUGGUCGAGGCCCCGGAGCUGAUGCCGGAGCGGAUGAGCAUCCCCGAGGACCAUUAUGAUGCGUGCCGCAAGGCCGGGGUGGCCUACGAGGGUAACGCGGCGGGCAACGCGGAGGAUUUUCUUGACUUGUCGCGGCAGAACGUGCAGCCGGGUUUCAUACCGGGGGGAUUCACGGCACGCGGGAUCGUGGCACUGGUGUUCUCGGUCGUGUCAGCUGUUCUUGGGAUCGUGAGCAUCGUCGUGUAUGGACUGGCGGAUAUCAACCCCAAGCACAAGCACCACGCGGCGGCACCGGCUGUCUCGGAACCUGGUGCACCUACAAACUUUGUAAUACGGGGGUGA